GAGCAGCCUGUCCCCGAGCCGCGCCAGCCGAGCCAGCCGGGCGCCGUGCUCGGUCCGCUCGCCGCGCGGGAGAGAGCUGCCGGAGACAGAGCCAGCCCGCCGGCGCCGAGCUGCCGAGAGUCCGGCCCCGGAGACCCUGAGUGAGGCGCGGCGAGCCCCCGGCGGCGGCAGAAGGACCCGAGCGCCAGGAGAGGGCGGACGGGGGACAAGGAGGCUCCCGGGCGCGACGAGGAGAGUCUCGGUGGAGGAGGCGGCGUGAGGACACCCGGGCCUCCUUGCCGCCGCAGCCGGGUCGGGGCGAGCAGCUCCUACGGGGAGUCCAGGCGGCCAGCCGCGGCCAGGGGAGGGGGCGCCGGCGGCCCCCGCAUUAGUGAGCAGCUUGCGCCCAGGAGGGCGAGAGCGCGCGACCCGCCAGGGGCCCGCCGCCGCCGCCGCCGCCGCCGCCGCCGCGCCGCCCUCCCCCGCGCUGUCAGCCCCGCCGGGCGCAGCCGCCGCCGCAGCAUCUUCUGCCCCUGCGCCCCCGCCAGCCCCGAGGAAGUCCCCGCCGAGGACCGGGGCCCCCGGGAGCGCAGGAGGAAAGACCAGACUCCCCCCAAACACGCAGAUGCCGAGGAUUGAAGCAGCCUAGCCAGAGCUUUCUGUGGAUUAAAAAAAUAUACGAUUUUUUUUUUUUCCCUUGGCAGAAGAAAAGGAAAGGAAGACCAGCGGGGCUCUGCAAGGAAAAAAGGGGAUGUAACUCGUGGAUACGUUUUUUUUUUUUCCACCCCUCAAACGUCUUGUUCUACUUUGUAAACAUUUUCUUUUUUUAAACCCCAGCUCCAGCCGGACGCCCCCAGACCUCCGGGGGUGCGAGGAGGUGGUGUUUUUCAUUUUGGGCUUUGCAUAUUUGGUUCUUAGAUUUUUUUGAGAGCCUUCUCAUUUCGCCAGACAUCUCAUGUGGGGUGAAGUCCACUCGGCCCCCUCCUCCGAGUCUUCGUGUGCACGGAAUUCGAGGAGAUCCGGUUACUAAGGAUAUAGAGGAAAAAAAUAAAUCGCGUGCCUGCUUUUUUUUUUUUUUUAAUUGCCUGUUUCUCCCCACCCCCAAAUUAAGUUGCUUAGCAAGGGGGAGAGAGGCUUUUUCCUCCCUCCAGCAGCCCAGCCGAAAGCCUUUUCGUUUUUUGCCCCCGCGGAUCUUCCAUGUAGGAAGCCGAGGCUGGCGAGCCCGACACUCGGGAGCCGCUGCGGGGGGGCCUCUUUUUUGGGAGGCGCCGACCGGGGCAGGCUUCGCCGCCCCCAGGGAAGCGGCGGCCGCGUUCCUCCGGGGUGCGCCGGGGCCCGAGAGCCGCGCUCGGCGCGGGCCGCGCGGGGUGGGGCAGCCAGAGCGCAGGCCCCCGAGCCCCGGCGGGCGCCCCCGGGCCCCCGCGCGCGCCCCGGCCUCCGGGAGACUGGCGCAUGCCACGGAGCGCCCCUCGGGCCGCCGCCGCUCCUGCCCGGGCCCCUGCUGCUGCUGCUGUCGCCUGCGCCUGCUGCCCCAACUCGGCGCCCGACUUCUUCAUGGUGUGCGGAGGUCAUGUUCGCUCCUUAGCCGGCAAACGACUUUUCUCCUCGCCUCCUCGCCCCGCAUGUUCAGGACCAAACGAUCUGCGCUCGUCCGGCGUCUCUGGAGGAGCCGUGCGCCCGGCGGCGAGGACGAGGAGGAGGGCGCGGGGGGAGGCGGAGGAGGAGGCGAGCUGCGGGGAGAAGGGGCGACGGACGGCCGGGCGCAUGGGGCCGGUGGCGGCGGCGCGGGCAGGGCUGGCUGCUGCCUGGGCAAGGCGGUCAGAGGUGCCAAAGGUCACCACCAUCCCCACCCCCCAGCCACGGGCGCCGGCGCGGCCGGGGGCGCCGAGGCGGAUCUGAAGGCGCUCACGCACUCGGUGCUCAAGAAACUGAAGGAACGGCAGUUGGAGCUGCUGCUCCAGGCCGUGGAGUCCCGCGGCGGUACGCGCACCGCGUGCCUCCUGCUGCCCGGUCGCCUGGACUGCAGGCUGGGCCUGGGGGCGCCCGCCGGCUCGCAGCCCGCGCAGCCGCCCUCGUCCUACUCGCUCCCCCUCCUGCUGUGCAAAGUGUUCAGGUGGCCGGAUCUCAGGCAUUCCUCGGAAGUCAAGAGGCUGUGUUGCUGUGAAUCUUACGGGAAGAUCAACCCCGAGCUGGUGUGCUGCAACCCCCAUCACCUUAGCCGACUCUGCGAACUAGAGUCUCCCCCUCCUCCUUACUCCAGAUACCCGAUGGAUUUUCUCAAACCAACUGCAGACUGUCCAGAUGCUGUGCCUUCCUCCGCUGAAACAGGGGGAACGAAUUAUCUGGCCCCUGGGGGGCUUUCAGAUUCCCAACUUCUUCUGGAGCCUGGGGAUCGGUCACACUGGUGCGUGGUGGCAUACUGGGAGGAGAAGACGAGAGUGGGGAGGCUCUACUGUGUCCAGGAGCCCUCCCUGGACAUCUUCUAUGAUCUACCUCAGGGGAAUGGCUUUUGCCUCGGACAGCUCAAUUCGGACAACAAGAGUCAGCUGGUGCAGAAAGUGCGGAGCAAAAUCGGCUGUGGCAUCCAGCUCACGCGGGAAGUGGAUGGCGUGUGGGUGUACAACCGCAGCAGUUACCCCAUCUUCAUCAAGUCAGCCACACUGGACAACCCGGACUCCAGGACGCUGUUGGUGCACAAAGUGUUCCCCGGUUUCUCCAUCAAGGCUUUUGACUACGAGAAAGCGUACAGCCUGCAGCGGCCCAACGACCACGAAUUCAUGCAGCAGCCGUGGACUGGCUUCACUGUGCAGAUUAGCUUUGUGAAGGGCUGGGGCCAGUGCUACACCCGCCAGUUCAUCAGCAGCUGCCCGUGCUGGCUGGAGGUCAUUUUCAACAGCCGGUAGCCGCGUGGGGAGAGGACGGAGCGGGAGCCGAGCGGGCCCAGUCCAAACUACUUUGCUGCUAAUACUUCCCUCCCGAGUGCUUGCUUUUCACGCAGACUCUUUCGUCGUUGUGUGUCCCCGGCCCCCGCCCCCCACCGUUCUGGUCCUCGUUUCUGUUCUGUUUUGUUUUGUUCUUUGAGAAAUAGCUUAUGAAAAGAGUUGUUGGGGUUUUGGGGGGGAGGGCGGGGUAUGGCUGGCCGAGCACACCCCAGGAUGAAAAGGGGAAGCAACAGUGAGCACCCAGCAAAACACAGUGGAAGAAUGGGGAGCAGGCCCUGACUUUGGGGUCCUCGUUUUCCCUCGUCAGGGCGCAUGUGUGAGUGAGUGUGCGUCCGUGCGCGCGCGUGUCUUACGGUGACUGCUGAGAGGCCUGCGCCCCCAAGCUGUGUGUCGCCUGCCCUUUGGACAUAUGCUCAGUGGGGCAGAGGCCGUACCUGGGCAAGCUGGCAGCUGGGGUUUGGACAGCUGCCAGAAGCCAGGCUCUGCCCCUCCUCCCCGUCCCCAGGGAAGCCUCCCUGCCCCACCUCUCCCCUCCUAGGACACGGGCCUGUCUGCAGGCUUCUUAGAAGCAACCCUGCAAAGAGGCUGAACCAGAAACCAGUUGUUUCCUGCUUGUCCUAACUCCCCUCCAGCCACCCUGCUGUCCUUGUCACCUCUUUCUUUUUUGGCCAUCUGCUCCUGGAUAUCUCUUGAGACGGGCUUCCCGAGGGCUGCCGGGGGCCACCCUGGCACAGUAUUGCCCACCCAGCAUCCUCCCAAACCCCUCAGCCUCUGCCCUGCCCUGGUCAUAUCAGGUGCGCCCACCCCCCAUCCCCACCUCCAACUCCGAAAACCAGCUCAGCACUUUCCUCCCCUCUGCCGCCUGGGUGUUGAGCUCUGCUGUUAGACCAGCGAGGGGAGCCGCCCUGGGAGGGAGACUUCUCAGCAGCCCCCCUUCCCACCAAGAAGGAUUCGGUCCAUCAUAACCCAAGGUACCACCCUGGGCUGUCACCUAACUCUUUCAUUUCUUCUACAAACUCAUACACUCGUAUGAUACGUUGACACUGCUCUUAGCUCAAUGAGCAUGUUUAGACUUUAACAUAAGCUAUUUUUCUAACUACAAAGGUUUAAAUGAACAAGAGAAGCAUUCUCAUUGGAAAUUUAGCAUUGUAGUGCUUUGAGAGAGAAAGGACUCCUGGAAAAAAAAAAAAAAACCUGAGAUUUAUUAAAGAAAAAAUGUAUUUUAUGUUAUAUAUAAAUAUAUUAUUACUUGUAAAUAUAAAGACGUUUUAUAAGCAUCAUUAUUUAUGUAUUGUGCAAUGUGUAUAAACAAGAAAAAUAAAGAAAAGAUGCACUUUGCUUUAAUAUAAAUGCAAAUAACAAAUGCCAAAUUAAAAAAAGAUAAACACGAGAUUGGUGUUUUUUUCUAUGGGUGUUAUCACCUGGCUGAAUGUUUUUCUAAAGGAGUUUAUGUUCCAUUAAACAAUUUUUAAAAUGUA